UUUGAGUCCACGGGAAGGUUUGGAAGCAUGUCCUGCAGCGACCAGACUCCACCCAGUCCCAGCAGGACCAGCGGCAGUAGCUCUGGGGCACAGUAUGCUACUGCUGCGCUGGGUGUGGGCCUCAUCGCUCUGGGGAUAGUAAUGAUUGUGUGGAGCGUGGUGCCGGCAGGGUCUGGAGGGAACAGCUCCAGACCCGGCAUGGAUCAAGGUCAAGCUCGAGAGACCUCAUCCGUGGCAUUCGUCCUAGUAGGGGGAGGAGUGGCGCUUCUGCUGCUGUCUGUGUGUCUGAGCGUACGGAACAAACAGCGGGCAGCCAGGGGACAGGAAGCUGGCAAUACACCUGCAAACACACAGGGGGAGGGGGCAACGAUGGAGCAACUAGAUCAAAACCACAUGGUCCCCACUUAUGAGGAGGUGGUAAUGAGUGGCCAGUAUCCCAUCAGUCAGUCAUCUGAGCGGAACAACAGCAUCACCCAGCUGCCAGCCUAUGACGAACUAGAGGAAGAUCAGCGCACCGUGGAGGAUGGAUUCAGCCCGGCACGCAGACCUUCAUCCCAAAUCGACCCCAGCACUGGAGCGGGUGGCCGAAGAAACAGCCGUCCCGGGCGCAAGCUAAUUCCCCUUAAAAUUAGGCGCAUAAAAUCAGACCACCUUAGAAGGAAAAGCUUAAGUGAUAUCCAACAGAAUAACGUGUUCACCAUCGAACCCCUCACACCGCCUCCACAGUAUGACGAUAAGGUCCCUCCACUUCCUACAGACACACAACAGUGAGGUUUACACUAGCACUGCGGUGUAAUGUCUGCUUACCUCUUUUACGAAUUACUACUGCACUGAACUCCAUAUUAAUCCUCUGGACAGGACAUCCCACUAUCAGCAGCACAGAGAAGGCAGUAGUGUGUCAAGUUGGAGAGCCUUCAUUAUGUCUUCCUGUGUUGGGUGUAUAUUUCCUGUUUAUCAAAAAAAAAAAAAAACCUUAUAAAAAAAAUAAAUAAAUAAGUUGCAGCUGAUUGGAUUAAAACUGAACUGGAACUUGGAAAGAUGUUUACUGAACAACUGCUGGUCUUGAUUUAGGCUGGUCUUGUCAGACUUGAAAUUCAGCAUCCAAGCUGUGCAGACCUUUAUUUCAUAGGACGUCCACAAGAAUUUCAGAAGAGAUGUGAUCCUGUAAACUGUGAGUCACAUCAGCACUGUUGCAUUUUUGCACUGAUUUGUUUGUGUGUGUGGGGUGUGAGGGCAUGUGAUGUUUUUGUAAAUUUUCCAUGAACUUUGCUUUUCCUAUGUUGGCUUUAACUUUUUGUGUUUGUGUGUAAGUACGCUUGUUCUUAGUGACCUUGUUGCCAGAGUGACAAACCAUGAGGUCAUCAGUAUGUGUCUCUCCGACACAGAGAGGUUCUUUGACCCUGCAGCUAUCACUCUCUCACCAACACGCACCACCAGACACUAACUUGACAUUUUCACUUACUUGAUUACACAAACACUCAUCCCUUUAUUUUUAACUUUUCAAUGUUUAUUAGUGUGAAAACAACUGUGUUUCUCAUAGGGCAGCUGUGGCAUCUCCAUGCUUUGAGGUUCAAGCUCCCAGUCAUCUGUCUGCACUUGUGUUACUGCUCUAGGAUUUUCACAGCUAGUUAUUACUGAAAUCAGUGUUUCUUUUUUUGGAAAUUUUGCUGAUGCCUCUGCAGUUUAAGACAGACAUGGAUGGAAAAAUGUUGCUGAAUGUCAUGUGCAAUUUAAUGAUACGUUGUAUGUUUCUUACAUUUUAUUUCUUUUCUAUUUUGUUAUAUUCUAAUUGUAAGCUAGUAUGGAAUGAGAAAUAAAAAGAAUUUGACAUGUG